UCACAUUGCCAGAGAACAGCGAGUUUUGUUACCGCUGAUUCCAUUGAGCUGAUUCCCCCUUCACUACAUUGCUAGGCUACAUUAUAACCUCGAAUGGAUACAUCUGACGGGCAUUACAGGCUACAUUAUAACCUCGAAUGGAUACAUCUGACGGGCAUUGCAGGAGGGACAAAUAACGGUAUUUGUAUUGAAGGGAGUAUUGGCAGAUUAUGAAAUCUGACCAUUGCAUACAAUAUAUGUAUUUUAUGGAAUUUCCAUUUGUUUGCAAUGAAGACAUCUCAGAUGGAGAAGAUAAACGGACACAGGAAAGAAGCGGUAUAAUAUGCACUCUUGCAAGCAUCUCUUAAAUAACAUAAUUUCGGCUAAAAUGGUCGCAGAACUUUUGAGUUUUCCUUUAACUCAUCUUUCAAAUAUAUUUUCCUGACACCUUAAGCUACCCUGUUGCGAUACUGAGCUAUGGUAAUGGGUGAAACAGUGGGCGUUCAUAGCCAGGGCCAUAGUCGAUAGUUGUAAGGCAAUGAAAGGAAACGGCUUUGCAUAAAUCCUACACCAGGACUGCUGCGUGAAGAUGAGAGGCUUGCCCUUCUACCAAGAGGACGAUGACAAUACAUCCACUGGGCAUGACCAAAACAUUGAUAUGGGACCUUGAAAUCCAUGCCUGAAUCUCUUUUGUCCUAUCUGCCCUUGGAGGGGGCGAGAUAAAGGAGACUUUCCUCUUUGACUUAAUAUAAAGGAGAAGAGAGCUUUCACAUCUGAGAAAUGGAUAAACUCACCGUCAUAUCAGGAUGUCUCUUUCUAGCAGCUGAUAUCUUUGCUAUCGCCAGUAUUGCCAAUCCGGACUGGAUCAACACAGGAGAUGCAGCUGGUAAGUUAGGUUCCCUGACGGUAGGCCUGGUGCGGCAGUGCCAGACCAUCCACGGUCGUGACCGGACCUGUAUCCCCCCGCGGCUGCCCCCAGAGUGGGUCACCACCCUCUUCUUCAUCAUCCUGGGCAUCAUCUCCCUCACGGUGACCUGCGGCCUGCUAGUGUUAUCACACUGGUACCGUGAAGCCACUCGUUACGCCCGCUGGAUUGCCUUCACUGGGAUGAUCCUGUUUUGUAUGGCGGCUCUUAUAUUUCCUAUAGGAUUUUACAUCGAUGAAGUUGGGGGACAACCUUAUAAACUACCCAACAACACAGUGGUGGGGUCCUCAUAUGUACUCUUUGUUCUAUCUAUAUUUUUCACUAUAGUGGGACUACUGUUUGCAGGAAAGGUCUGCUUGCCUGGGUGACAUAUUGGACACUUAAGUGUCCCGCUUGCGUCGCCUCAUUAGCUAGCUUUUGAGGUGGCGCCAUCAGCUAAGACGCUUAAGGAGGGCGGCUACGUGUGUUUUGUAAGGCAGAGGUCCUGAGUUCACGCCAGGUAUGGGCCAAAUCGUGAGGAAGUGGUACUGGCUAAGCAAGCAGCGUGACAGCAUGACGUUUGGAUGCCUGGAAGGGAAAAAUAGGAACUGUGAGAAACACACUUUCUCUGUGUUUGUGGAACUCUCUGAUGCACCUUUGGAUGACAGGUCUCUACAGCCCCUAGCCCUGGUCCCAUAGGACAGGUAGUAGGCACUAGCCUGUCUGUGGUCAUAGAUAUGGGAGGAAUGGACACCUAUCCAGUCCCUUCACAGAUCAGUGAACACAGAAGUUUUGUUCCACGAAUAGAGUGCCUUUUCGGGUAGUGUAACUUUUUAUUUCACCUAAUUUUAACAUUUUGUCAUAAAAAGCACGUUUUAACGUCAUAAGAAAUAUGUUUCUCCAACUCCUUUUGAAAAAAAAAUAUUUAAAAAGGAAUCAUUUCACCAUAUUUAAACGAGAGUUCAGUUGACGUAACAGGGUUGACCUUAAACCUGAGCGACAUGAAUCACUAAUCAAAUGAAAUAAAUAAUAAAUCUUCAGAAAUCACUUUGUCAAAGCAACAAAUGUUAUUAGGGCUUUACAUUGGUUAUGAACACUUGGGGAAAGUUGGGGAUGUUAAGUGGGUUAAAAAUCUUUAAGUCGGACAAAAAUGACAUGGGACAUGCCAAAAUGAUCAUAACUCAGGAUAAGACCCAGAUGCACAGUUCGAAUCACAGAUGUUUAUUAACAAAACGGGGCAGGCAGACGACAGGUCAAGGGCAGGCAGAGGUCGGUAAUCCAGGGCAGAGACAGUAAGGUACAGAACGGCAGUCAGGGUCAGGGGAGGCAGAGGGGUCAAAACUGGAAAAACAAGAAAAAAAAUGGGGUAGAGAAAGAGAAACAGGAGUAUGGGGAAAACACGCUGGUAGGCUUGACGAGACAAGACGAACUGGCAACAGACAAACAGAAAACACAGGUAUGAAUGCACAGAUCAGGGUGACAAAAAUUGGGAUUUUCUGAGAAAUCAAUGUAUUUUAAUUUAAAACACACUACAAAUAUUUUUUCAAAUGUUUACUUAGAGUGUAGAUGUAUAUAGUGCCUUCAUACCUCUUGAUUUAUUCCACAUUUUGUUGUUACAUACAGCCUGAAUUCAAAAUGGAUACACACAAUAGCCCAUAAUGACGAAGUGAAAACAUGUUUUUAGAAUUUUUUGCAAAUUCAUAGAAAAUGUCAUACAGAAAUAUAUAUUUUACAGAAGUAUUCACACACCUGAGUCAAUACUUUCUAGAAGCACCUUUGGCAGCUGUGAGUUUUUCUGGGUAAGUCUCUAAGAUCUUGCCAUACCUGGAUCGUGCAACUUUUUCCCAUUAUUCUUUUGAAAAUUCUUCAAGCUCAGUCAAAUUGGUUCUUGACACAUCAUACUAAAAUUAGUGUCUCGGAUUUACGUAAAGAAUAAUACAAAAUGCUCUGAGACCAGGUUGGUUAUAGAGCAGCGAAGCACAGCUCAGAGCCAGCUACUGGCAAGCAGGGACAAGGUUGGGCUGCUGAGAAGGUUACCUCUCUCUCCCACUGGCCCACUGUUGAUAAAGGUCAAGCAGCAGUCAUUCAAAAGCCUUUCUGCUCUGACCUUCCCUCCACGCACAGCACACCACAACCACUGCUAUUAUCAGCCCUGCAGAACACUUAAAUCUUGGAUUAUUAUUUUUGUUGUGUACUGUAUGUAGGCUGCUGUGUCCUUGGCUGGGAUUAAUUCCAUUUGCGCUUUGCCAGCUAUGCACUUUUUAAAAGCUUAUUUAUUUCAGCGUCCACGGAGAUCACAUUCACAGUAAGCACGGCAUAGGUCUGCUCAAUCAGAAAUGCAGGGCAGGGCCCAUUCUGAUUUGAGCCCCACCUGUUUAGCUAACAUUUUUGCUGUUGCC